GGCAUCCUCCGCGGGGUUGGCCUGGAGAAGGAGGAGGCCAAGGAGGCCAAGGCGCGGCCUAGGAGGAGGGCGGCCCCCUCGGGGGGGUCCGGACGGUCGCCAAGAUGCAGGAACUCAUCGCCAGCGUGGACCACAUCAAGUUCGACCUGGAGAUCGCGGUGGAGCAGCAGCUGGGCGCCCAGCCGCUGCCCUUCCCCGGCAUGGACAAAUCCGGGGCCGCCGUCUGUGAAUUUUUUUUGAAAGCCGCCUGCGGAAAAGGAGGCAUGUGCCCUUUCCGCCACAUCAGCGGCGAGAAGACGGUCGUCUGCAAACACUGGCUGCGCGGGCUGUGCAAGAAGGGGGACCAGUGCGAGUUCUUGCACGAGUACGACAUGACCAAGAUGCCCGAAUGCUACUUCUACUCCAAAUUCGGGGAGUGCAGUAACAAAGAAUGUCCCUUCCUCCACAUCGACCCCGAGUCCAAGAUCAAGGACUGCCCCUGGUACGACCGCGGCUUCUGCAAACACGGUCCCCUCUGUCGACACCGGCACACUAGGAGAGUCAUCUGUGUGAAUUACCUCGUGGGAUUCUGUCCGGAGGGUCCCUCCUGUAAAUUUAUGCACCCUCGCUUUGAACUGCCCAUGGGGACCUCCGAACAACCACCCCUGCCUCAACAGACCCUGCCCUUGGCAAAGCAAAAUAACAAUCCACCAUUACAAAGGUCGUCCUCCUUGAUCCAGUUAACGAGUCAGAACUCUUCUCCCAAUCAGAGAACCCCACAGGUCAUCGGGGUCAUGCAGUCUCAAAACAACAACGUGGGAAACAGGGGACCCCGGCCGUUGGAGCAGGUCACUUGCUACAAGUGCGGUGAAAAAGGACAUUAUGCCAACAGAUGUACCAAAGGACACUUGGCCUUUCUCAGUGGACAGUGAUGGCCGCAGAAACUCAAGGACAGCAUAGGGGGGCCCUCGGACUUCGCCGUUUGCUGCCGUGCUGGGGAAGAGUUCAUUCCCACCCCAAUCUCGGAUGAUGAUUUCUUUCUUUUUUUAAAGGCCAGUGUUGAAGAAAUGGUGGUUAGUAGCUGGCCAGCAGACAAGGUUUUUUUUUUUGUUCAUUUGAGGGGUUGAGAGCGGGUCGUGUCCCCUCCAAUUGUUAAAAUCCUUUUGAAAGUGAGCGACAUCUUUUGUUCCAUGUGGGAGAGGUGAAGUCCUCUACUUUCGAGUUGGUCCAAAAUCUUUUUUAUCAAGGUCCUUCUCACCUUCAGGGCCCCCCGUCCGAGGACUCCGGCACGUUUUGAGGGGCUCAGGGACACGCCUCUCGCUCGAACACAGAUAAGAUGUCUUAUACUUGAAAAGCAUUUCCUUGUCCCUCCUGCUGCCCCAGCCAUAUUUUAUUUCAUAAAAUACCUUUGCAGAGUCAUCCGACGGCGAGGGUACGGCGGUGGGGGCCUUAUGCAACUCGGGGACCGGACACGAUCGCUUCUCUCCCCCUUCCUGCUUUCUGCCGGAUGCUCUAGCAGUCACCCGGAGCAAGGGGCAGAGGUGCCAGCCCUAACGGAAAACUUGAACCCCGUUGCCUCGAAAAGGUUGUCCAGUCCUGGUCCAAGUCGCAAAAGCCCAGCGGUUGAGUCUUGCAAACGGUCUACAGUGAGAGGCCCUCACCAGCUUAAGGCAGCGUUGCUCUUGGGCCUCGCUUCAUUUUGAUAUUGCUCCGAGAGCAAAUCGGGUACCUUACGGUGGAGGCGGAAGCCAUCUCUCUUAACUAGGUGAAAACUGUAAGAAUGGAAAUCUGACCGCACGCUGGGACUUUACAACCCCCUAGAAUUUUGAGGCUUCUCCAGCCUAGGCAUUUGCCACCGUCGAAAUUCAAAGGAAAACACCGCCUAACUGAAAUGUACUGCUGAAAAUGUCUGUGAAACUCUCAAAUGCGAUUUCCAGGUCUAGGGUAAGCGGAGAGGCUUUUUACGAGGUUAAUUAAAAUGUGUGUGUUUUUUUUAA